GUCUAUCAAGCAAUUUGAGAACAUGGAUCAUGAUUUAGAGAUCUUUCCUUUGCUCUCCUACGUCCUCCACCAUUCCGAUCCCGCUUCUCACGCGCCACCGUCUCUGGCGAUUCAGCAAUCUCUAGCGAAUCGUUAUCCCCUUCUCACCAAUCCACAUGUAAUCUCCUCGUUGAUUGAAUCAAUUCCCAGUACAAUCACGCAGACCCUUUACGUAUUCGGCUCUCUUGGGCCACGACCUGAUCCUUUAGCUGUCUCUUCUGCUCGGUCUAAGAUCGCUGAGAUCCGAGAAAAUGAUUCGUUGUCUCCGGAGGAUGCGGCUAAGGAAGAGCAGGUUUACGUUACGGUGGUGAGGUUAGAGGAAGUUCAUGAAGGAUACGAGAAGCAAUUGAGGGAUUUGGAGGAGGAGCUGUGUAGGGUUUAUGCUUCGGCGGUUGAAUCAUUGAGCGGUGGCGAUGAAGUGAAUGAGGAGGUUUUAGCUGUGAUUAAGGAAGCUGAAGAUGGUGGAGUCGUUGAGAGGAUUGAUCUCUCUGAUCGUGAGCUUAAGCUUCUUCCUGAUGCUUUAGGGAAAAUCGUUGGUUUGGUUUCACUGAAUCUCUCUCGUAACAAUCUCAAGUUCCUACCUGAUACAAUCUCAGGACUUGAGAAACUGGAGGAGCUAGAUUUAUCUUCAAACCGUCUUGUGUCUCUUCCCGACUCUAUCGGACUGUUACUUAAUCUGAGGAUCUUAAAUGUGACGGGCAACAAGCUAACUUCACUCCCAGAAAGCAUUGCGCAGUGCAGGUCACUUGUCGAGUUAGAUGCCAGCUUUAACAACUUGACUUCUUUGCCUGCAAACAUCGGAUACGGAUUACUCAAUCUCGAAAGGCUAUCAAUCCAGCUGAACAAAAUCCGUUUCUUCCCCAAUUCCAUGUGUGAGAUGCGUUCUCUAAGGUAUCUAGAUGCACACAUGAACGAGAUUCACGGCCUUCCAGUCGCUAUAGGGAGACUCACAAGCCUUGAAGUCAUGAACUUGAGCAGCAACUUCAGCGACUUGACCGAACUUCCUGACACAAUCUCUGAUUUAGCUAACUUGAGGGAGCUAGAUCUCAGCAACAACCAGAUCAGAGUCUUGCCCGACUCGUUUUUCAGGCUAGAGAAGCUGGAGAAACUGAACUUGGACCAGAACCCAUUGGAGUUUUCUCCACAAGAGAUGGUUAACCAAAGCGCUGAAACGGUUCGAGAGUUCAUGAGGAAGAGAUGGGAAGAGAUGGUGGAGGAAGAGCAAUUGAGGAGUGUGAUAGAAGCUGAGAAGCAACAAGGAGGAGCAACAGGUUGGCUCUCAUGGGGAAGCUCCAUUGUUACUAGCCUCUUUUCUGGAGGUACUCAUGGUGGUGCAGCUAAGAAGCCUAAAGACUCAUUUUUGAAUGAACAACUCUGAAUUUUUUAAAUUCCUUUGAUUUUUGUAGAAAGAGUACCUAGUUUGGACGUCAGACUUCGGUGUGCCUAAAUGGGCCCUUAAUAACCCUUCAUAGGCCCAUCUCUGGGUUAUGUUUGGGUUACAUCAAUAAUGAGCCCUUUAAUGU